AUGAAUAUUCAUGGGAUUCUGCAUAAAUUCACCCUUUCUGUUCCAAGGCAGGCCUUACUCUCUCCAACAAUUGGUCGGUUUCCCAAUCGUUUGAACAGUUUGCUCCGAGUUCAAGCUAUGUCUACUGUAUCAGAAGAGGCAGAAGCGAAGGAUUUUUUGGAUUUCAUAGAUAAUCUCAAGAAUUACGAAAAAUCUGGUCUGCCUAAAGGAUCAGGCACAGACUCCGAGGAUGGCUUCGAUCUAGGAAGAAUGAGACGCCUGAUGCAACUUCUCGGAAACCCGCAAUGCAAGUUCAAGUCUGUCCAUAUUGCUGGGACGAAGGGAAAAGGGUCAACAGCUGCAUUUCUCUCUAGCAUUUUACGGGCUGAAGGAUAUUCAGUGGGUUGCUAUUCGAGCCCUCAUAUACGAACGAUCAGGGAACGCAUAACCCUGGGUGCAAAAGGAGGUCCUGUCAAUGCUAGUUUGUUAAACGAUCAUUUUCAGAGUCUCAGGACAGUGCUUGAGAGAGCAAUAGAACUUGAAAAUGGUGGCCUUACUCAUUUUGAGGUUCUCACGGCUCUGGCUUUCAGCCUGUUUGCUCAGCAAGGAGUUGAGGUUGCCGUUAUUGAGGCUGGAUUGGGUGGAGCACGAGAUGCCACUAAUAUAAUUCCAAGUUCUGCUCUUGCUGCUUCAAUCAUAACGACUAUUGGCGAGGAACAUUUGGCUGCACUUGGUGAUUCUUUGGAAAGUAUAGCUGUUGCAAAAUCAGGAAUCAUUAAAGAUGGACGUCCAGUGAUUCUUGGAGGACCAUUCUAUCCGCAUAUUGAGCGUAUUCUUUGUGAUAAAGCCUCCUCUAUGUCUUCACCUGUUGUUUCCACAUCAGAUCCUGGAAAUAAUAGUAUCCUAAGAAGUAUCAACAAAAUAAAUGGCCGGCCAUACCAGUUUUGUGAUCUUGUGCUCCAGAUUGAGAAGGACCUUAAGUUGAACAUUGAAAUUUCCAAUGUUAAGUUGUCAAUGCUUGGUCAGCACCAACUAAAAAAUGCUGUAACUGCCACAUGUGCAGCACUCUGUCUCCGUAAUCAAGGGUGGAGGUUAUCGACCGAAUCUGUUCGUGCCGGUCUUGAAAGUGCAUUUUUGCUGGGAAGAAAUCAGGUGUUAACUCAGAAUGAAGCUGAGAGGCUGGGACUACCAGGCGCAACAAUAGUGCUAGAUGGAGGUUGAAUUUUGAUCAUUUUAGGUUGAAGCACUCCCGGGUUUCAGCUAUUAUAUUUUAUGUUAUGGUUUCUUAUCACACUGCCUGAUUUUUUCAGCUCAUACAAAGGAUUCUGCUGCAGCUUUAGCGAAUACUAUCGAGAUGGCUUUUCCAAAGUCAAGUUUAGUUCUAGUAGUGAGCAUGGCAAGUGACAAAGACCAUUUAGGCUUUGCUAGGGAACUGAUUUCAGGUUUGAUGGUUUGACUGCCUAUGGAAAAUUGUCUGCUGUUACGGAAGGAUAUUCAAAAAGUUAAUGUCAUUUUUCCUUUGGCAGCCACAUCUUUGAAAGCUGUAUUUUUCACAGAAGUUAGCAUUGCUGGAGAAAAGUCUCGAACAACUACGGCAUCUAAAUUAAGGGAGUCCUGGAUCCAAGCAUCUGAAGAGAAAGGUAUCGAUAUUAUUGACUACAGCAGGAACAAAAAUGAAGCGAGGGAUCCAUCCCUCGACCAAACAAAUCAUCGGGGCGUAAUCUUCUCCGAGGGGUCCUUAAUCGACUGCAUUAGAAUCGGAGGAGACAUACUUGGUGCAGAAACUAGCUGCCAAUCUGGGGUGAUGGUUAUUACUGGUUCUCUGCAUAUUGUAUCGGCCGUAUUAAGCUCCAUCGAGCGGUAAAAGUGUUUUUCCCCGGUAAUUUUGAACAUUAGUACUGUGUUUGGUAACUCCUAGAGUGAUUUUUACGCAGUUUGCAGACGUGUAACGAAUGAUAAUCUCGCCUUCUUGCUCAGGACAAACUCAGAAUAUGAAAAUCCAAAUUCAAACUGAGGAGAGGGCCAAAGAAAAUUGACUUUAGCUAAGCCAAAAUUAUUAAAAAAAAAAAAAUACUAAAAGGCUGGGGACCAGACUGAACAAUGGGGACACGAAAUCUAUUUCGCAAUCAAGGCGUUUGGGUCCCAAUUUUAUCGGAUGUCUCCCAUCAAAUUGUUGAGGUUGUGUCCUUUUUACUUUUUAGUGACUUGUUCGGACCCCGGUAGGAUACCCUCUCAAAUUUCAAAUACUGAGAAUGCCUAAUUGGAUACAUGUAAUAAUCAAUUAAAUCUUAAACAUUUAUUUCCCCGGAUACUGGAAAUGCAUUAAUUGGACAUAUAUAUAAUCAGC